GCGAGCUGAGAGCUCCGACGAAGCCAGCCACCUGUUCGACGGAAUGCCUCCUGGUGAAAAGGACGAGAAUGAGCCGCCGGCGAGCGGCGCCGACCUCAUAGGAGCUCUCCGUGAUCAUAUUAUCCACCAUCUUCUCUCCUUCCUCCCAGUGCAGGCGGCCGUGCAGACGUGCGUGCUCGCCCGGCGCUGGCGCCACCUCUGGCGGUCCACCACGGGCCUGCGAAUCGUCGGCCUUGACGGUGCUGAGUCUGUCGAAGACCUCCGGGUGUUCGUGCACCAUGUGCUGAUCCUGCGUGAGCGCACCGACCUAGACACUGUUGAGAUGACAUUCGAUGAAUGCUCGGUCGAUGACGAGGUUUAUGUGAAACUAUGGACCCGUUUUGCUGUCAUGUCCAAAGUCCGUGCACUCACCCUUCAUAUCCAAGCCCCUACAUAUCUAUGGUUCGACGUCCUGCCUGUUGUCUCUCGCCAUCUGAGAACAUUAGAUCUGCAAGGUCUAUGCGUAGAACAGAGCUCUCUUGAUUUUGCUGGCUGCCCAGCACUCGAGGGUCUGAAGAUGAACCUUUGUGACAUUACUGUUGAAAAGAUAUCUCCCCGUUCCCUGAAGCAUUUGAGCAUUACUAAGUGCUGCUCCGAUUGCCAGCUCCAUGUUUCUACUCCAGGCCUUAUCUCCCUGAAACUAGAUGACUUUACCGGCACAACUCCUUUUCUUGAAAACAUGGCGUUGUUAGAGACAGCAUAUGUUUAUAUUGGUGAUUCCUGUGAAGAUUUCUGUUUGAAUUACGAGUCUGGUGUUUACUGUGGAGCUAGUAAUAUUAUAUGUGAGAAAUGUGAUCUUUUUAAUGACAAUUGUGGAAGCGAUCUUGUGCUUCUAGGUGGUAUCUCAAGUGCUAAACAUCUGAAGUUGAUAUCUGAAUUUGGAAAGUUAAUUUUCUCAAGAGAUUUGAAAUACUGCCCUACGUUUAGUAAGUUAAAGACAUUAUUACUCAAUGAGUAUUGGUGCGAGGCUCCUGGCUUGGAUCCACUAGCUUGCAUUCUGAAAAACUCACCAGUUCUAGAGAAGCUCACUCUUGAACUUUUUUCCGAGGGACCAAAUUAUAAAGUGGAAAUGAAAGGAAGCUUCAGUUCAGUGGGAAGAUCGUCUGCGAUACCAGAGCACCUUAACAUAGUUGAAGUCAAGUGUACUGUGGUGGACGAGAGGAUUCUCAAAGUUUUGAAGUUCCUGUGUGCAUUUGACAUACGAUUCAGCUUCUAGUAAGGGCGAGUGGAUCUGGGUCGUCGGUCAUCUAUGCACUACUCAGAAAUGCAAGGCUUAAGCAUAUACGUCUACAGUAUUUCCAUCUCCUUUUGUGACUUCGUCAUGUGCCAAUGCUACUCAGAGGAACGGUGUAGAAUCUGCAGUCUAUAUAACCUAUGAACUCUAGGCCAUCUAUCUAGCUGGACUUGGUUUAUUGUAUCAUGUAGUUUCUAUAUGCACUUGUGGACUUGUGGUUCAUGCUGAAUCUUUCCAGUUCGCAGACUGCUCAGUGCUCGCCAGGCGUUUUUUUUUCUUUUGGUUUCGCUCAUAACUUGUUCUGCUAUGACGUGAUCAGUUUAUUCUGUCUCCUUUGUCAUGAUCUGGAUAUUUGGAAAAGUGAAGCAAGAGGUGUUAAGUUGCA